AUGCCGUGCGGGACACCACAUCCAGAAGUGAGGAGCUCUAUCAUUUCAGACAACCCCGAGUACAACACCACUGUUGGAUUAAGUUUCCGGCGGACAGAGGACGGCAGACGGCUUUCUCCCCGCUCUCAACUCAAUACACUCGCAGGCCGGCUACUUGAUCCUUCCCACGAUUAUCAAAUCCCUGGAGAAGCUCCCCAUCAAACGGCUCUCAAUAUUCAUCGCAAGCCAUCACCUUAUCCACGGAUGGGUGAACAAUGUCAAGAACCCACACGUGCGCGACCAGACCGCGAUGCCAUACCAAAAAUAGCCCUUCGACAUGAGAAACGUUCAGUCGCACAAUCUACCGUGGACGAGAACACCAGUAAAGCACAUGGAACAGAUCGCGACCAGUCAGGACCGAUUAUCAAUGAUGACGGAAAACAGUCUCUGCGACCACCGAGGACAGAACUCUCACAAUUGCUGAGCAUGACCCGUGGUAGCUCAAUUAACGGCACAUCCCAUAUUCGUGCAAAAGCCCAAGGACCGCUAUCAGCAGAUACUGCAUGUAAUACAUGCAAGGUUUCCGGUUCAUACAAUCCACGAUCACCUUGCUCUGGCCCUAGCCACUUCUGCAAUCGCUGCCAUCGCUUCGUAGGGUCCGCGAUAAUGACUGUUUCGUCCAAGCCCAGCCAGAAGCAACAUCCAGUUCUUCAUCAAAGGGAACCUCCACCCACGCUCUCUAAAUGUCCGACCAUUCAUCGAUGCAAAACCUGCCAGACGAUACCACCAGACAUCUACGAUGAAUACCAGCGCUUCUUCCCUCUCUGCAUUGUAUGCAAGCAAAUGACGGACAUCACCCGGAACGAUAUCGUUGACCAUGGGGGAGAAGUUCCUCCACUCGUGGACGGCCAGGGGAAGCAGAUACUGGGAGCUAGCAAAGAGCUUCACAACUGGUGCUCACGCGUCUUCCAGGCCGCGCAUGACCUCAACCGUGUGGACUCCAAGAUCUCGCAGGUCCAUCGCUUGCCUCUCGCGAGGGAAACAGCCAUCAACAAGAGCAACUCUGGCGUCAAAAGGGAUCUACCUCCUCAGUCCGGAUCGAAGCCGUCUUCCAACAUCAUCACCAAAGACGCCAGCCCCUCACCAAACCAAUUCGUCCCCCAUCCUGCACCACCACCACCACCACCACCACCACCACGGCCACGGUCCCAAUCCCUCAGCCAAACAAGCAGCACCUUCCCCCACGGCGACUCGCCCUCAGAAUCAUCCCAACCGCCAACAAGCAGCCAGACCUCCCUCCGUUCCCGCGCCAGCGACGACACACUCAUGCAGUACCCCACCCCCAUAAUGGCCCUCCUAGGCGUGCCCGCGCCCAACGUUCGCCCGCAGCCACUGCCGAUUCCCUAUAAUGCGAGGUUAGCAGAGGUCCGCGUCAGGCAGCCUAAACUUGUCGUCGGCGGGCGGCGUACUUGA